UCCUAUGUUACCUGCUUUACAGCGUGAAACCUGUCGGAUCUUCCACCCACGCCACCUCAUCCCUUUCCAACAGAGAAUAUCACGCCAGAUCGCAACCAACACAAUGAGUAACCGAGCUGCAUUCUUAGAGAUCGCGAAGGGUAAAUUCAUCAUUAAUGAUGUAGACAUAGAACAACCUGGAGAGGGUGAAGUUCUCGUCAAAGUUCAUGCAUCAGCUAUCCAACCAGCAGACGCGAAGGUAGCUAAGCUUGCCAUUUUGCCAAUGGAGUAUCCUACUGUUCUUGGGAGCCCUGUGGCUGGUAUUGUCGAAGCUCUGGGCCCCGGUGUUACCAAGAUCAAGGUCGGAGAGAGGAUCGUGUGUGGAACUAAGAUAUUUGUCGCGAAGAAAUCCAAGUAUGGUGGCCAUCAGCGCUUUUCUAUCGUUGAUGAAUCAGAAGUUGUAGAGAUUGGCGAAACGGAUUUUGCGAAAGCAACAACGCUGGGAUCAUACACACCACCAGGUGCCCUAUUCGGCAGCACGACACUGAAUCUACACCGUCCCACAAUUCCGGAAUCCCCACUUCCAGUAACUGAGCAAGGCAAGAAAAUCCUCAUCUGGGGUGGCUCUUCCGCGAUGGGCUCACUGUCCAUAUCGUACGCAAAGCAAGCCGGUUACACAGUCAUUAGUACUUCCUCUCCUCACAACUUCUCACUUUUGAAGUCUCUUGGUGCAGACCAUAUAUUCGACCACAGUGACCCGCAGACCGUGGACCAGAUUCGGAGCCUGUUCCCCAUUGAUUACUGGUUCGACACCAUCUCUCUUCCUUCGACGCUCGCUACUAUUGUCAAGAUUCUUGCGCCAGAGGGUGGGCCUGUAACCAAAGCCAACAUCUUGUUGUUACUCCCACCUUCUAUGCCGGGGAUGCCAAGACUCCCAGAUGGCAUCACGGCACAGAUGCACCGUUUCUCGACGCAUGCGCCGGAGAAUAAAGAUUGGGCUGAGUGGUUGCUGUCUCGAGGAGGAUUCCUUGAGCGCGGAAUCAAGGAAGGGAUUAUCAGAGGCGUACCACCUGAAGUAAUUGGCGGACUCGAGAGUGUUGAAGAGGGUAUCGAGAAGGUGAACACUGGAGUCAGCGGUGUGAAAAUCGUGAUCGACCCUUGGGCAUAGUGAUAAGGAUGAAAUAGACUUAUGAGCUUAAUUCCACAUGUAUAUUUGGUGGCAUAGUGCAGAAUCAAAAGGACUACUGGAGCAAGGACAGAUCAUCCCAGUUACCUUCGUCCUGGUCUCAA